UUUGUGGUUUGAUCCCACUGCUGACUUUCACACCUAUUCCAUCCUCUGGAAUCCUCAAGCCAUAAUCUUCUCUGUGGAUGGCACGCCUAUUAGGGAAUUCAAGAACAUGGAAUCAAUGGGUGUUCCCUUUCCUAAAAAUCAGCCGAUGAGAAUAUACUCCAGUCUUUGGAAUGCGGAUGAUUGGGCCACAAGAGGUGGGCUGGUGAAGGCAGACUGGACCCAAGCACCCUUCACCGCCUCCUACAGGAAUUACAAUGCUGAUGCUUGUGUGUGGUCAUCCGGAGCAUCUUCAUGUAGUUCACAUCCAUCUUCUUCAACCUCUGGUACAGCGAAUUCGUGGCUCACUCAGGAAUUGGAUUCUACAAGUCGAGAAAGACUAAAAUGGGUUCAGCAAAACUACAUGAUUUACAAUUAUUGCACGGACACGAAGCGCUUCCCACAAGGUCUCCCUCCAGAGUGCACCUCCAGCAUGCCUUAAUUGAAGAGGAUCC